ACGCACGUGCACUGUGGAGGUGGGAGUGGAUGCUGGUGUAGCUGCUGGAAGCCGGGAUGGGAUAAUCAUGCGUGUCUGGCUCCGGGCGUUGAUGCAGCUGCUGGAUCCGGACUGGACUCGGGGCGCAGGGUGGGUCUAGUCCCCGACUGGAGCGAUCUGGACCUCAUGUCGACGGUAUCAAGCAUUCCGAGAACGACGAGGGCGAUGGCCGUGAUAGGAGUCGGCGCAUCUCUUUGAGACGUCCAGGCGAGAGAAAUCGACCGUUUGUGGCGGAUGGAGGGCAGGAUUGGCCGGCAUUAAAACGCAGCCCCUGGGUUUUUGGAAUAACUUGGAGAAAGCGAAGAGAGGAUACCGAGGCGUCCCUUAAGGGAUUGCGGGAGCCCGUCACCUGUUUUUUUCUUUAUGUUCUUCUUCAACUGGGAUAGAGAUAGACACGCACCUGGAAGAGCAGCUCACUUUUGCAUCGGCGAUAGCCUGUUUAAUGGACAUGAACGCACUACUGGAUCGCUUUCACAACUACAUCUUACCGCAUCUACGAGGGGAGGAUCGCGUCUGUCACUGCAACUGUGGGAGGCAUCACGUCCACUAUGUAAUCCCAUACGAUGGGGACCAUUCCUUGGUGGACUCGUCAGAGAACUACUUUGUGAGUGACAGUGUGACCAAGCAGGAGAUGGACUUGAUGCUGGGGCUGCUGCUGGGCUUCUGCAUCAGCUGGCUGCUGCUGUGGCUCGACGGAGUCCUACACUGCGCCGUCAGGGCCUGGAGGGCGAGCCGCUACUACGAUACCCCGUCCUGGUCAUGGCUGCCCCAGUUCUGCAACCUCCGAGACCUCCGUCGCCGAGCGCAGCUCAGACAGCUGGAGGACUCCAGCGGCAACAUGGUCCACAUCAAGCAGAAGCUCUACCACAACGGCCACCCUAGUCCCCGCCACCUCUGACUCUAAAAGGCAAAAAUUAUUCAAAAAAUAACCUAGACCCCUUGGUACCCCGGUGUCCCUCCUCCUCUCCUCUCCAAAAGCCCUCACCCCUUUCCCCAAACUGCCCCUUGGCCAACUGUUGCCUCAGAGACCCUGGAAAACUGCCCUCCCACUGUUCGUGGCCCCCCUUGAAUCCCCCGUGACGGGACUUUCGUAUGACUCAACCCGGCCCCCCGUCAGCACUAAAAGAUACAAAAAUUAAAAGAUGAAUCCCAAAAUGGAGCAAGAUAACGAUUAUUUGCUGCCACUGAAAUCUUGUUUUAUGUCCAUGUCCGUCGGUGGGAGGAGGAAGAAAAAAAAAAAAAAGAACAUUUUUAAGGGUGUUUUUUCUGUAUAGAGACAUUUUCUGUGUUCAUUGUUAAACUUGGCAUGCUCUUUUAGAACAGGGUAAGAUGUGGGCAGCGUAUGGAACGGAGCAGCAAGACGGGUGUCAUGAUAUAUAUUUUUUUUCACUAUCGGGUGGGAGUGGGACUUUGUUGUGGUGGGGAGGGGCGAAUGAGACUGCUGGGUGGGUGGGUUUUUGUGACGGUUAGAUCGCUGCUUCUGUAAAUAGUUAUAAAUACAGGCCAAAUGGAUUUAAGUCUUUAAAAGGGGGGUGCGUAGGGGGAUUUUUGUGCAAGUUGUUUGUCCACGGAAAAGCAGACGACGGACUCUGUGGUCAGAGAUUAGAGGAAUGCAACGAAAAAAGACGAGUCUGUUGGAAAACUGGAUGUGAAACCAUGUGAUUUCUGCUAAAAACACAGAUUAAUUAGCUUUGUUACUUAGUGAAUUAAUUGAAUGUAUUCAUUUUUUCCCCCUGUAAAUAUGUGAGGGGGAGGGGAGCGUGUACGGUUGUGGGUUCUCUUUGCUAUAUUGUCAUUGUUAUCAUAGUAGACACGGGAGAAUUAAAUGCCAGCCAAGAUGAGUCCCCCCCCCACCACACACACACACACACACACACACACACACACACACACACACACACACACACACACACACACACACACACACACACACACAGCCCUCCAUCUUCCCCACACCGAGCUCAACAGCACAGUUCAAUUUUCUUUAUCCAAUUCCUUUUCACUUAUCAGGAGCCAGCAGCCUAUCAGCAGAGGGAACCCUCGCCCGGCUCCCCGCCCCUCCUCGUCCUCUCUGUCCAGACAUUGCUGUUGUGAGGAUGAAAUGUCUGUUUUAUUAAAAGUGCCAUCGAAGCACAACAGUGA